CUGGCAGAGUGUCAGGUUUCUGUUGUCAGGCUGAACAACGAAAACAUUUCAUACUUUUUGGAAUUUGGCAGGCCUUUGUCAGUGCACGUAUCCUGCCGUUUAGCUCUCACACAAACUCUUCCCUGACAUUAUUCUAUUUUGAAGCAGCUCUCCUAUCUGGUAUCUGACAAACCGACAUGACGGUGACUUCAAACAAAAAUAUGACAGAAUGACUUUCCAGUAAAAUAUUCCACAGCCUCAGACACUGAACUCAACUGUGUGGUGGAGUUUUGUUUGCACAAGAUGGCAGCUGUAUCUGAACUCAGAAUUGUGAUUCUUGGAAAAAACAAUGAUGAUACGACAACGCUGAGCACUUUCAUCAGUGAAAGAUAUCACUGUCCUUAUCAAAAGACAAACAAGCAGUUUACUGAAAUUAAAGGAGAGUGGGGGAGAACUCCAUUCACUUUGUUGAAAACAUCAAAUAUCUUCAUUGUGCCUGCAGAAAGAGUGCGAUAUGAGAUAAAAAUGUGUGUGGCACACUGCCAACCUGGACCAAAUGUUCUGCUGCUGCUAGUGAAUCCUUUGGAUUUCACCGAGGACGAUAGACAAAAAAUGAAGUUCAUUGUGAGCUUCUUUGGUCAAGAUGCUUUUAAACACUCAUUGGUCAUCACAACACGUAAUGACAUUCGAGGGAAUUCCUCAGUGAACCAACUCGUCCAAGACUGCAGACAAAGACAGCACAAAAUCAGGCUUGAUGAAAAGUAUUUUCUUGAACACGAUGUUCAAGAACUGAUGAAACAAAUGGAGAAAAUAGUAAGUGAUAACAGGGGAUAUUUAACUUUUACUGAAGACACUGAUCCCAUUGUGGUGCCUAUAACUACAAAAUCCCCUCUAAACCUGAUUCUGUGUGGGAGAAAUGAAAGCUUGAAAACUUCAGCUGUUAAUGCCAUCCUGGGACAAAAAAAAUGUAUUCCAUCUAAUGGUUCAUCAGAGUUUAUCAGACACCAGGCAGAGGUUUGUGGACGUCGUGUUUCCGUGCUGGAGCUGCCUACUUUGCAUGGAAAACCUAAAGAGUUGGCGAUGAGGGAAUCGUACAAGUGUGUCUUCCUCUGUGAACCUGAGGGUGUCCACGCCUUCAUGCUGGCCCUCCCACUGGACCGUCCUACUGAUGAAGACAAGAAAGAACUGGAAGCCAUCAAGAAUACUUUCAAGAGUGUGAUCGAUAAGUUCACUGUCUUGCUUUUUAUUGUUGAAAAUCCAAAUCUUGACCACUCUUCAGCAGUGGAGAAGAUUCUAAAGGACGACAAAGACAUCCAAGAGCUCUAUAGGCGCUGCGGUAAGCAACACAUCGUUUUUGACAUCCAAGACAAGCAUCAAGUCGCUGAUCUGUUGCGUACUGUGGAAACAAUGAGAACUGUCGGUUGCAGAAGCUUCACAAAAGAUAUGUUUCCAAAACCUCCACUAAAACCAGUUUCAAGACAUGCAUCCCUUUUAAAGCCAGAAAAUUAUAGACAUCGCUGGACACCACCUAUUAGGAUGGUGCAAAGCAGAGAGCCUCUCAGGAUGGUGCUGAUUGGGAAAACUGGUUCUGGGAAGAGUGCCACUGGAAACACCAUGCUGGGCAAACGGUGCUUUUAUUCAAAAGUCUGUCUGAAGUCUGUGACAGGUGUUUGUCAGAAAGAAACAGGAGUGAUUGAUGGGCGCCCUGUCGUGGUGGUUGACACGCCCGGCUUGUUUGACACGGUUUUGUCCAAUACAGAAGUUGAACAAGAGCUUGUUAAAUGUAUCAGCUUACUGGCUCCUGGACCUCAUGUGUUCUUACUGGUGGUGCAGAUUGGUCGCUUUACAAAGGAAGAAAAAGAUACUGUGGAGCUCAUUCAAAACUUUUUUGGUGAGAAGACAAAGGAUUUCAUUAUUGUCAUAUUCACCAGAGGAGAUGAUCUUCGAGGUCAAACAUUUGAGAGUUAUAUAAAAGAAGACAGCGAAGGAUUCCUAAACAAACUGUCAGCUGAUUGUGGAGGGCGAUACCAUGUCUUCAAUAACAAUGAUCAGAACAAUCGUUCUCAAGUCAGUCAGCUUCUGACCAAAAUUGAAUUGAUGGUGAGGAAGAAUGGUGGUGGCUACUACACCUCAGAAAUGUUUCAAGAAGCAGAGGCAGCAAUACAGAUGGAAAUGCAGAAGAUCAUGAAAGACAAAGCAAGAAAGAUAGAGAGUGAAAAGAGGGAUCUUAAAAGAAAAUAUGAGGAGGAAAUACAAGUGAAGAGGAACAAAUUAGCACAGCUAACAGCCAAAUUUGAAGAAGAAAUAAAAGCAAACCAAGCCCAGGCAGCCAAAGAAAUGGAGGGUCACAUUAAGAAACAGCAGGAAAAUAUGAAUAGAGAAAGAAAAAAGAGAGAAGAAGAAGAGACUGCUAUAAAAUUGGAGGAGGAAAACCAAAUUUACAAGUGGGAUAAAGAAGAUGAAGCUCUGCAGAAAGAAAUACAAAGACGAGCGAUUCCUGAUGGGAUUUUAUUACAGAACAGACAAAUAAUAAGAAAAGAAAGAAAGGCUUGGGAAGAGGAAAGAAGGGCAUGGUGGGACAAACAAUUUUUUGAGGAGGAAGAGAGACUUUGGGAGGAGCAGAGACAACUUAAAAAGCUUAGAGAGGAAUCUAUGCAGGAACUAGAGAGAUAUGAAAUCGAAAGAAAACAAGAGGAACAAAUCGGAAGAAAACAAGAGGAAAGACAACUGGAAGAAAACUAUAGGAAGGAACUGGAAGAAAUGAUGAGGAAACAUGAAGAGGAGGCCAGAAAACAAGCUGAAGAAUGCAAUGAAUUCAGACAGAGAUUUAACCAGGAUAUAUCAGCUGAGAUGGAAAAAAAUAGAAAUGAAACAGAAGAUUUGAGGCAGAGUCAACAAAACCAAACUGACUUCAUGAUAAGGCAGCUCAGGAGAAAAAAGGCCUAUGACAAAGACUUCGACAAGAUGCAGAAAAGACAACAAAUUCAAAUGACUAACCUAAAAUUAUCAAGCUGCUUUGACAGUAAAGAGCAACUAAACAAGCAAAUAGAUGACCUGAAGAAAGCGCAUCAAGAGGAGAUUAAUGAGUGGAUUCAGGAACAUGUGAAGAAAGCCACACAAAAUAGCGCUUGUAGCAUUUUAUGAGAAGUUAUGUGUUUCAGUGUUGUUCAGUUUUUUAGUGUUCAGAUGUGAUUGCAAUAGCUAAUGGGUUUUGCACAUAAAGGUGAGAGUAGCUGCGAAAGCAAGGUUGGAUAUUUCACUUUUUAGACACUUUUGCAUUUUUUUGCCAUUUCACACAGGUCAAAUUAAGUUUUUUUAAAAAAACAUUUACUCACCAUACUGUUAAUAUAUACAUAUUAUUAUUUGUUAAGACAAUUGCAAAAGGAAGACUGAUGUAGAAUUGUUGGCAAAGCACAUUUAUUUUUAUUUUACCGUGAGUCUAUUUUUUUUAAAAUUGUGAUUCCAGUGAUAAAUUUAUCUACACAAAUAGGCAGAGACUACAAAAACAUUUUUGAAAAAUAUUGUUCUUAUUUUCCUAUAUUUUCUCUUAUAUUCAUCUUAUUAAUCACCACAUUGGGUAAGAAGGCAUGCCUUACACUGCAGUGCCAAUCAGCUGGAAAUUGCUACCUGUCACUUCGUUAAAUUGGUCACAAAGAGGCAAAAAUAACUAAGUAAUGGUGCUGCACAGAAAACCUUGUGAUUAUUGACUUUACUUUUUAGCUGGUGUUUCUAGCAGAUUGCCCUUGUUGAGCUUUGCACCAAAGGACAGCUAGGACGAGGAGAGAACACACUACGUAUAUGUAUGUGUGUCAGCUCUGUUGAAUGUAAACAUACAAACUGCGUAUUCAUUGAGAUAUUGCUGUAAUUUUAUAUCAGUGUGUUAUUGCACUAAGUUCUUCUUUUUGGCACACUUUUUAUAAAUGUUUUGGUUCCUUGUUUUGUUUUCUGUUAUCAUCAGCUUAUUUUUCAUCAUAUGUAAAUCUUCACUUUAAAUCUCAAUAGAAGAUGGUAUACAAAUAAAGCUUGACUGUCCAUC